AUUAAAAACAGGUUGCCCAUAUGAUCUUGAUAUAGCAUUAUGGCAUUAGUAUUUGUUCACCAGAUUUUUAAUCAAACUGUUUCUUUGAGGAUGAUUUGGUGUUUGAUGGAAUUAAUUUUUUGUUUUUACUUUUUGGAAUAAAUUUGAAAAAUUCAAAAGAGAAAAGCCACAGAUAAGUUCUGUUAACAUACGCAAAUAAUUUCCAGAGAUAUUCUUGACUUCUGACCAACAUGUAAAUAAUUUUUUAGCGUCUAUGAACAAAUUUAUGAUGCUUGUGAUGACUUAAUUGAUUCAAAAAAAUCACUGAAUAAUAGUUAGUAAUAAUAGUAGUUUUGUUUUCAAAGAAAAUUUAUUUUUAUUAGAAAGAAUACGAGCAUUUCAAUAUCAUGAUUUUUCAAAUGUUUGUCAUGAAAAAUGUCGACCAAUAGCAUCAUAUAAACCAGGAAAACGAAUCGGUGAAUUAGCUGAUUCUUAA